AUGGACAAUACUUUCAGAGACCGAGUUGAUAAAAUCUUCGGCUCUCUCACUUCCUCUUCUCCAUCGAAACCACAACCUUCUUCGUCUCUAAAAUCAUCUUUAUGGUCCCUCACCGACGAUGCAGUCGAGAGGAAAGAGUGGAAGAGAGACACUUCAUCUCUCGCUGCCUCCUUUGAUAGAGACGAAAUUCCCUGCGCCUCAGAGUCGAACCGAUCGCGAAGAGGAGGGGAAUAUGAUUUGGAGGAUUGGGGGAUUCGAUCUUCGAUCGGUUUGGACCCUACGCUUGAUAACGAGGAAGGAUGGAAAGCCAUUUCCCGUUGUAGGAGUGUUGGGGUUAUGGAGGAGGAAGAUGAGUAUGAUAAAGUGGCCGAGGGAAGAGAAAAUGCUGGGGAGCGACUAUAUAUGAAGGAUGUUACUGAUCAAGGGUCUUUUUUGAACUUUUACAAUGUAGUUUCUAAGUCAUUACAUGGUACUAGGGACCCACGUGCCAAUCAUCUGGCAGCAAAAAUUAGGUUGCAAGAAGAUCGAGUUGAAGCUCAAACAGAAAAUUCUCAUAAUGAUUUUGAUAAAGCUACAAAGGUAUCCAAUGAAUGUAGCAGUGGGCAAUUGAAGUCUAUAUUGAAAAGGAAACAGAAUAAUUCAGAUUUCAAGUCAUGCAAACGUGUCAGGUUUGAUCCUGGUUGCAGAGCUGUACAUAAAGAAGAUGCUUCAGAAGAAAUUCAAGACAUUUCCAUGACUGCCUCUUCAGCUAAUGAUUUGAUUUCAGAAGAUGGAUCCAUAGCAGUUCAGAAUGCUCUGGGGGUACCAGAUUAUUUAAGGAAUCCUUCAAAGUAUACCCGUUAUAGUUUUGAUUCAUCCACUGAAGUUGAUGAGAAAUCCGAUACGCAAUCUUAUAAUGACUUUCUUAAGUCGGUCAAAUGUUCAAAAUCCACAGACUCAGGAUCAGAACUGGAAGAUGCUUCAUCUGAUAUUCCAAAAGUGACCUUUAUCCCGAAGAAAUUAGCAGAUGAAGUAAAAGCAAUAAGUAGUGACUGCAUGGUUAAGCAGGAUAAGGGACAUAAUGAUGAUCAUUAUGUGCAUGCCACAAACUUCCUUGUUGGCAUUGCAGCUGGGGAAUCCCAAGAGUCUGAAGCUGGUGCUGUGGAGGAAAACGAACCAGAAAGAAAUGUAGCAGAUAGAAAUACUGGUUUCCAAAAACCUGGCCGCAGGUAUCGAACAAAGUCAAGCUUGGAUGACUUUGAUCCUUGA